AUGGCUCCAACAAGCGCCAGCGAAGUGCCGAAAUGGGUUGAUGAUCUCGUCGAUGGACACAAGAUUAUGGUGUUCUCGAAGAGCUAUUGCCCCUACUGCCAGCGGGCGAUCUCUGCGCUCUCGAGUCUCAACGUCAGCGACAUGCACGUAGAGCAGAUCGAAAAUAAUCCUUUUUGUGAUGCCAUUCAAGAUUACCUCAAGACCAAAACAGGCGCGCGCUCUGUGCCUCGUGUGUUUAUAAAUGGAAAGUUCUUUGGAGGUGGCGAUGAUACUGUCGAAGGAGUCCGGAGCGGCACUCUCCAGAAGUUGCUUUAG